CACCGCACUGUGUACGUCAGCUGUCAAAAAAUCACAAAUUUUCACGGCAUUACUAUUAUUUAUUAUUAAAUUUUUCCAAGUGAUUGCGUUGCAUAUGGGAGGUUCGGUUCUGGUACUUAAAUGUGGCCUGCAGCUAGUUCAGUGAUUGUCCCUCGUCGCGGAGCAGACAGAAGCCUGUAGUCAGUCUAGUUGGAGCAGCCACCAGCGGCAGCAGCAGUGACCAUGUCGUUCGUGGGCGGAGGCGGGGGCCAGGAUGUGCACAAGUUUGUGGAGGCGCUGCAGGCGGACUUCAAGACGCUCUCGCUGGAGACCAAGAAGAAGUACCCUCAGAUCAAGGAGGCAUGCGAGGAGGCCAUUUCCAAGCUCUGCUCUGCCGGCAGCAGCCAACAAAAUUCCGUGUAUUACACCGUCAACCAGAUACUCUAUCCCCUAGUGCAGGGAUGCGAGACCAAGGAUCUAAAGAUCAUAAAGUUUUGCUUAGGCAUGAUGCAGCGACUCAUCACACAGCAGGUGGUGGACCAAAAGGGCGCUCUAUACAUCACUAAUGCGUUGUGGACGCUCAUGGAGAACAACAUUGAGGAGGUAAAGGUACUGCAAACGGUGACUUUGCUGUUGACCACCAACACGGUGGUGCAUGGCGACACCUUGGCUAAGGCCUUGGUUUUGUGCUUCCGCCUGCAUUAUACCAAGAAUCCAACGAUUGUCAAUACUGCCGGGGCCACCAUCCGUCAGCUGGUGUCGCUGGUUUUCGAGCGUGUCUACCUUGAAAAGGAUUCCGUUCAGAGUCUGCAUCAGCAACAGCAACAGCAGCAGCCGACGAGUGUUUCGCCAGCAGAGGCGACCGAGGGCGGCGUCGGCCAGGACGUGCAGACCUUCGCAUCGGAUGCAUUCCUGCUGUUCCAGGAUCUAGUGCAACUGGUGAACGCAGAGCAGCCGUACUGGCUGGUAGGCAUGACCGAGAUGACGCGCACUUUCGGCUUGGAACUGCUGGAGGCCGUGCUCACCAACUUCAGUGCCGUGUUCCAUGAGAGCAACGACUUCCGAUUGCUGCUCAAGGAGCGGGUCUGUGCCUUGGUCAUAAAGCUCUUUUCGCCGAAUGUGAAACACCGUCAACUGCCGGCGGCUCCUAGUAGUGGCAAUGCCCCCGUGCCGGCCGAGAAGCCGUAUUUCCCGAUAAGCAUGCGGCUGCUACGCUUGGUGGCCAUUCUUAUUCAAAAAUACCAUACCAUCUUGGUGACCGAGUGUGAGAUAUUCCUGUCGUUGAUCAUCAAGUUUGGAUCCGAUAAGCCCGGCUGGCAACGAGCCCUGGCCCUGGAGGUCAUCCAUAAGCUGGUGACGCGCUCCUCCCUAAUUGCCUUCUUCUGCAAGUCGUACGACCUGAAGAACCACGCCACAAACAUUGUCCACGACAUGAUAGCCGCAAUGGGCAGUUAUGUGCGCUAUUCCCUGAUCAAUGCCUCGGCCAUGCUGAACGGACAGCAGAACGGGAUGGGCAGCACGCUGUCAGCGUUGUCGGGCAACAAUCAAUGCGGCUUCAUGUUCCGCGGGGCUUACCUGCCGCUGGUUGCUACCUUUGCGCCCGGCAUAUCCAAAGCAGUAUACUUAGAGAUGCUGGACAAGCUGGAUGCCCCGAACAUACCGGAUAGCUAUGGCAUCUCCGUGGGCCAUGCCAUACUCCUGGACAUGACUAGGUCUAUUGGCGGCGUCAUUCAGCGCACGCCCGAGCUGCAUCCUAGCCACAACACGGCCGUGAUCACCGAGGAGGAGCAUAAGCCGCUGUGCCUGCAGCUUGUCAACUCCAGCUGGUCGGGCCUCCUCAGCGCGUUUAUCCCUCUGGUGGAGACAUCCAUUGACGAGGCGACUACGGAGAACAUCCUCAAGGCCAUGCAGAACUAUGCUGCCCUCUGUGGCAUGCUGGAACAGUUGCAGCCGCGCGAUGCCUUUAUCAUGGCCAUGUGCCGGGCCUCCUUCCCACCGCUAGCCAUGUCCAUAUUCGCCAACACCGCCCAGGCAGACGGGGAACUAAGAUGCCACACCCGCAAUGGCAGCCAGGACCUGAGCAGUCAGUUCAUCAACAAUUGCAGCGGUGAUUCCGGAGACUUUCGGCCGCAAAUCGUGGCCGUGGGCACACCUCCCUCCGCCUCGCUGCCGCACAGCGUGAUGCAGGCGCCUGUGAUGCUGACCAACAAGAAUCUGCAGUGUAUGCGGGCUAUCCUAUUUCUGGCGCACAACAAUGGUGGCAUACUGGGCACCUCGUGGCACAUUGUCCUGCAAACGCUUCAGCAUCUGGUGUGGAUCCUGGGCCUGAAGCCCUCCACAGGCGGCAGUCUUCAGCGUGCCAAGCCAGCGGUGGAAGCGAAUGUAGGCACAACGGCCGUGAUGGCCGAUCUUCCGGUUCUGUCACAAAUGCUAAGUCAGCUCUUCGAGUCCAGCCAGCAUCUGGACGAUGUGGCGCUGCAUCAUCUGAUCGACGCCCUCUGCAAACUCUCGCACGAAGCCAUGGAACUGGCCUACGCCAAUCGGGAGCCAUCUUUGUUUGCUGUGGCAAAGCUGUUGGAGACGGGGCUAGUGAAUAUGCCGCGUAUCAAGGUGCUGUGGCGGCCUCUGACUAACCAUCUGCUGGAGGUGUGUCAGCACCGGCACAUUCGGAUGCGAGAGUGGGGCGUGGAGGCCAUUACCUACUUGGUCAAGUCCGCACUGCAGUUCAAGCACAAGACACCACUCAAGGAGAACAUGGAACUCCAAACCAUGCUGCUAAGUCCCUUGUCUGAGUUGUCCACUGUCCUGCAUGCAGAUGUACGCCAAAGGCAGCUAGACUGCGUCCUUCAGAUACUUAACACCGCCGGUGAGAUACUCUCCUUCGGCUGGCCGGCUAUUAUCGAGAUCAUUGGUGCUGUCAACGAGCACCAUGGCGAGCCCUUGGUUCGCACAGCAUUCCAAUGCCUGCAGCUAGUUAUCACCGACUUCCUCACCGUGAUGCCCUGGCGAUGCCUGCCCCUGUGCAUCAGCACGGCGGCAAAGUUCGGCUCCCAGACCCAAGAGCUGAACAUCUCACUGACAGCCAUUGGCCUAAUGUGGAACAUUUCAGAUUUCUUCAAUCAAAACCAGGACAAGCUCAUGUCCACGCAGCUCCAGGACGUGUCCAUUUUGCCCGAUUUUCCGGGCACCGUGAAAAUGCCGCAGUUCGAUAAGUUGUGGAUGUGCCUGUACGCCAAGCUGGGCGAGCUGUGUGUGGAUCUGCGUCCGGCGGUCCGUAAAUCAGCCGGCCAGACGCUCUUCUCCACCAUCUCGGCCCACGGCAGCCUGCUAAAUCCACCCACAUGGCAGGCGCUGGUCUGGCAGGUGCUCUUCCCGCUGCUGGACAAUGUGCGCGCUCUAAGCAGCUCGGCCAGCAACGAGAAGGUUGAUGCCAGCGGCAACAUCCUCAUCCAUCACUCCCGCAACACCGCUCAGAAGCAAUGGGCGGAGACACAGGUGCUGACCCUUUCGGGUGUGUGUCGGGUGUUCAACACCAAGCGGGAGCUGCUUCAGCAGCUGGGCGACUUUGAGCGAGCGUGGUCCUUGAUCCUAGAGUUUAUCCAGAAUGCGGCAUUGAGCAAGAAUGGCGAGGUAUCGCUGGCCGCCCUCAAGUCCCUGCAGGAGAUCAUGUACCACAACUCUACGGAGCGAACGGAGCGGUCUCUGAAGGAUCCACAGACGGCCAAGGAGCAGGACGAGGAGAUCUGGACUAUUGCCUGGAACAUCUGGCUGAGCAUUGGCAUGGAGAGCACCAAGAUGUCCACAUCGACCACAACGAAGCUGCAGCAACAGAACAGCAGUGGCGCCGACAGCCAGGACGAUUUUUACAUUCCCAGUCAGGCCUUUCUCACGGCCCUGAUUCAAAUCUUUCCCGCCAUCUUUCACCACAUACAAGUCAAAUUUAGUGCCGCUGACUUUGACAAAUUCUGCACUGUGCUGACCAAUGCUGUGUGCAUUCCCGUCCAAACCGAUGCGGUGCCCUACAUUAUGUCCACCGUCUCGGACACGCUGCUGACGCCGCUCCACGAUGGCAUUCUCGACUGCAUGGAGCUUAUACAAAGGUGAGAUAAGCUGGAUAGAAUAAAUUAACUCAAUAACCGUAAUUAUCACGUACAGGAGGCCACCAAGAACGACUCGCACAUCCGCCAGCUCAUUCCCGCGAUUUUCCGCCAGCUGCUGAUCUUCAGCAAGUUUGCCUGCGCCCCGCCCACCUUUCAGCAAAGUGUCGAGCACAAGUAUGCCAAGUCCUCUGCGGGCCACUACUCCAACAAUGCCUCGGUGGAGGUGGUUAGCAUGAACUACAUCCCCUUCGGUGAGAAGUCAAUCAGUAUUUGUGUGAAGCUGUACCACACGGCCACCGAGGAGCCGGUGGUGCAGGAGCAGAUCCUGCAUGACAUUGUUAAGGCGCUGCGCACACCGCUGGCCAUGAAGUAUAAGUGCCUGUCGUCUAGCACUUGGAAGCUGGCCAUUUCCAGUUUGAUCAGCGUUCUGCACACGGGGCUGAAAGUGGCGCGUGCCAAGCCCCAGCAUUUUGGCAGCCUGUGGGAUGAUCUGGCGGACACCUUGGACAAGUUCCUGUUUCCGGCCAGCGUGUGCACCGUCGAGGAUCGCGGCCUGGAGGAAAUCGUGCUAGACGAGACGAUCGACUGUCAGGUCAUCGAGCUGCUGAGGGACGAGGUGCUGCCCCACGCCCAUGAAAUGCCGCACCUUAUUAUGCAGAUCGUAGUGCUGCUGAACAAGGGCUCCAUUCACUCCGCCUCGGACACGAAUUGCUACGAGUCCGACUGGAAGCUGCGCGAAAUUUUUGCCAAGACGUGCUUCGAGACGCUGCUGCAGUUUUCGCUGCUGGAGGAUAAUGCCAACGCCAACAAUAACCGUCUCAAUGCCAAUCUCUCAGUUGCAGCGGCGGGCGGCAAGGAUUUUGCCGGACGGCUGGCGGUCACCGCUUCUCAUCGUUUCCAGGAGGUUCUGAAGCGCUUCAACGACGAUGAACGACAGAGCGGCAAGUGUCCUUUGCCAAGAUUCCGGCUGUCAGAGAUAUCCUUUGUGCUCAAAGCCAUUGCCACGCUGGUGGUGUCUAUGAAAAAGGCUCCGGCCUCAAAGGUAAACAAGCCCGCCUGGGAUCAGCUUAUUGGCCUCUAUCCAUACCUGGUGGACUGCACGACCACAACGUCACCGGAGGUGUCACGAUCACUGCGUGAGGCCCUGCUCCAGUACACCGAUCUGCUGCAGGCACCACGCAAUUGCGGGGGAACCAGUGUCGUCGCCGCCAACGACAAUGCAAUUCAAUCGAAUGGCCAAGAGCAGUGAACUCAGAUAAAGUCCGAUGGUAGUUGCUGUGCGAUGAUGUUUUUUCUUAGGUCUUUUAAGUGCGAAUAUAUAUAUAUAUAUUUAUUUUGUGCAUAAUUUAUGAAUGUUAAUCUUAGCCCUUCCCUCGCAUGGAUGUAAUGACUAAGCAUCUGUGUACUUACACAAAUACACAUAUAUAUAUAUCUAAACAUAUAUAUAUAUAUUUGUAAGCGUAUUUUCUAGUUGAGCUAUAAAAUACAUAUGUAUGUAGGAGGCCUGAUAAGCAAGAUAUUUCCCAUAGCUCUUGGCAAAGUGGGCAGCAAAGAUAGCAGAUUCCUUUAGUACCUUUUUUCGAGAAGCCAAGACAAAGAACUAGAAGAAAUACAACUACGAUAUCUAUUUGUGUAGCGCAUUUUAAAGUGCAGACUUGCGUGUUAUCUGAAAUCAAAUAUUAACCAUUAACCAUAUGAUGCAACCAACUUUGUAGUGACGUUUUUAAAUAAAGCAAAACCUAUUAUUACCAAAAGCCUGA